AGAAACAAACUCAAAAGCCCUCCAAAACUAAAACCUUCUCUCUCUCUCUCUCUCUCUCCCCAUCAGAAAAAUCUCACUCUCUUUACUUCUCUAUCUCUUCUUUCAGCCAUGGAGGAAGACGCCCUUUUUCCAUCCGAUUCAGAUCUAGACCUCAGCUUUACCAGCUGCACUUCCAUAACCACCGACCGUACCUUCGCUUGUUCCAGUGCCCGUACAAGCUUAGCUCGAAGCAGCUUAACUCUCAGCUUCAACGAGUCCCGUCUCUCCACCACAACCACCACCACCACCACCUCUACCACCAACACUCCUCCUCUCCAUUCUCGUCCCCACCAUAAGUGGGACCGUCAUUGGUCCGCCAUCAAAGCUGCCACGAAUCUUUCCUCCGACGGCAACCUCCAUCUCCGCCAUCUGAAGCUUCUCCGCCACCUGGGCACCGGAAAUCUCGGCAGAGUCUUCCUAUGCAGUCUGAGAGACUACGACCAAUCGAGCUUCGCUCUCAAAGUCGUAGAUAAGGAUUCUCUAACCAAUAAGAAGCUCUCCCAUGUCGAAAUGGAAUCCCACAUUCUUUCGAUGCUGGACCACCCUUUUCUUCCUACGCUUUACGCUCACAUCGACGUCUCUCACUAUAUUUGUCUUCUCAUCGAUUACUGUCCCGGCGGCGAUCUUCACUCUCUUCUCCGGAAACAGCCGGGUUGCAGAUUGUCCGUACAGGCCGUCAGGUUCUUCGCCGCGGAGGUGCUCGUGGCGCUCGAGUAUCUCCAUGCUAUGGGGAUAGUUUAUCGGGAUCUGAAACCUGAAAACAUUCUUCUUCGCGAUGAUGGCCAUAUCAUGCUCUCGGAUUUCGAUCUGUGCUUCAAAGCCGACGUCGUUCCGAUGUUCGAAAACCGAAUAGUAAACAACAACCGGAGCCACAGACGCCGGUGCAGUUGUUUCGGUUCGGAACACCGGAGGGAAGAAGAGGAAGAAGACAUGGUGGCUGAGUUCGUGGCUGAGCCGACGACGGCGUUUUCAAGGUCGUGCGUCGGAACACAUGAAUAUUUGGCGCCGGAGUUGGUUUCGGGAACCGGUCAUGGCAACGGUGUUGACUGGUGGGCUUUCGGGGUGUUCAUCUAUGAGUUGUUGUAUGGUACAACACCGUUUAAAGGUGGGAGCAAAGAAAGCACCCUGCGCAAUAUAGCAUCAAGCAUGCAGGUUAGGUUUCCGAGGGUGGAAGAAGAAGGGAUGAAAGAAGCAAAGGAUUUGAUAGAAAGGCUCUUGGUGAAGGACCCGAGGAGGAGGCUAGGAUACGCCAGGGGUGCGACGGAUAUUAAAAGGCACCCAUUUUUUGAUGGAAUAAAGUGGCCGUUGAUUAGAACUUACAGGCCGCCUGAGGUUCGUGGGCUUAUGAGGAAGAACAAGUCGCACGUGACGCACGUGACAGUGGUUUCUUCCAAUGAAAAAUCUCAGAAGAGAAAGCGAUUGUGGAGGUGGUGGAAUAAAGGAGUUGGUUAUUACAUGAAGAACAAGAAUUCAACGUACAAUAUUCAUAGUAAUAGUAAUUACUAUCAAUAUGCUAGUGGUUGUAAUAAAAGUAGAUUUAGAAAAAGUGCUUAAAAUCCCAUUUGGGUUAAAUAUGUAUAAAAGAGAGAGAGAGAGAGAGAGAGAGAGAGAGAGAGAGAGAGAGAGAGAGAGAGAGAGAGAGAGAGAGAUUUAUAAGUUUUUGUUUUAUUUUUUCUUUCUCCUUUUUGGGAGUUGAAAAUCGAUUAAAAGUACUUUGUAAAAUAUAGAGAGGAUAGAGGAAAACGGCUUUGAUGUUGU